AUGGAGUCUUUCUCUUCUUCACUGGUUAUGGAGUCUCCUUCUUCAAAAACUCUUGUCGAGUUGUCCUUGGCCAUGGCAGUCAAACAUUCGAAAUUAAUCACGGAUGUUGGUAAACUGCCCUAUUAUCUCGUCCGCCCCAUUCUUAUAAAAAUCACCGACCCUAAACAACUGGCCGCCAUUGAACGAGCAUCCCCGCAAAUCGCUAAAUCAAGCAAGGAACUUUGGUUGGAGAUAAUCAAGCGCAAAGUCCCUCAGUGGGCUCAAUGGCCUCUUCCGGAAAAUACGACCCGAUGGUAUGAGAUCUACUGCUACAUGCUCAAGGAAACGGAGAAAGAGAUCGAAGCCGAUGCUCAAAAGAUGUCAAAGGCAUUUGACGCAAUUAAGAGCACCCGGGAACUCCAAAACGUUAAGAUUGUUGAUGGGAUCAAGAAGACGAAGCGCGUGGAUAGGUCCAAGCUUGUGCCCAAUGGCCGUAAUAUUAUCGGCAAACCUUUCAAUUUUGCACACAAAUCAGAGCCGAAACGAUCGCGCUUUGUGCAACCCACCACCUCUGCAGGUAUUCCAGCUGCACGAACCCCGCAACCGAUCAGACACGGGUCAACGUGCAACUAUAUCAGGGCUAUGCCUACGAAGACCUUGCCAUCUUUACCACCCAUUGCAAAGAACACUCCGGCUCCCACUACACAACGAGUUACUCAAGCAGAACGGGCGGCGCACCUGAGUGCGAUUGCCGAGGGAAAGCCUAUCCCCAAGGCCCCUAAGCUGUUGAAGCGUCCCCCAGUUAAGCAUGCCGACGCAGUCUCGGAAAAGGACCCGAUGCGUACCAAGGAGGACCUAGUUCGACUGGGUCCAGCGGCACUUAUAUCUCGGGACAAGGCUGAGCGGGAUAAGGAUGACGCCCGGGGUCGGGGUAUAAAACGCCCAGCUCAGGCUAGGUGGGGGGAGGCUGCCCGCAAGCAGACCAAGUUCUUUGGCUAA